GACUAUACAGUCUGGGUCUUUGGUAUUGAGUGGAAGGAUGUAAAUACGUUACUGCGAAGGACAAGGGAGGAUACGGCUCAAAGUCAGGCGUAACGAUAAGAUUGGGUUCGGAGCUUAUCAGAUAAGGUGGCAACGGUGGUUGCCACGCUAUGAUUCGCGACGAUCGUUCUUACCAUCCAACAGAAAUCUGCAAUGAAACACCAUACGAUUCAGAAUUAUCGGAAUCUCUCCUACUUCUUCCCCUCACCAUGUCCCUUCACAGGGAUCAAAUGCCACCCAAUUUAUCCGUGGAAGAACACGAUGACGAAGACGACGGCGAAGAAAUACUCGAGGCAGUGAAUAUCCAUUCUGGCGUGCUUAAAGUAGAAGCUGCGAGUAAAGUAUACGGGCGUUAUUCGAGAAUAGCAUUAUUUACAGGACUCGGAUUCGCAGCAUACAUAUAUUCACUGGAUAAUCAAACGACAUCCUCGUACAUUGCUUUUGCGGCUUCGGAUUUGGGAGGUCAUAGUCUCAUCAGCUCGAUUCAGACCGCUCAGAGCAUAAUACUUGCUUGCGGCAAACCCAUCAUUGCCAAGUUCGCGGACAUAAGCUCUCGAGGAACAGCGUAUGUUGUUGCUCUCCUCUUCCAUGUUCUGGGCUAUACCAUCAUCGCUUCAGCUCAAAGCAUCAAUGCUGUAGCUGUCGGUAUCGUUCUUUUCGCAAUUGGAUACACAGGAUUGCAACUCCUCAUGCAAAUUAUUAUCGCUGAUAUCACAACUCUGGAAUGGAGAGGCCUGAUUAAUGGACUACUUGCACUUCCAUUCAUCGUAAAUUCGUUCAUUGGCCCGAAUAUCGCUACUGCGGUCCUCGAAACAGUGGGAUGGAGAUGGGGAUAUGGCAUGUUCGUAAUCCUCGUCCCCCUAUGCCUUUCGCCUUUGAUCAUAACCCUUCUAUGGGCCGAACGAAAGGCGAAAGUCCUUGGUCUUGCCCCCGUUACAGAACUUUCCUCUGAAUCCUUACUGGGGCGUGCUCGAAUAUUAGCGGAAGAACUGGAUCUUUUCGGCCUGGUCUUAAUUACAGCGUGUAUAGCCUCAAUUCUAGUUCCCUUGACAUUGACAGGAACCGUAAACGGAGGGUGGUCGAAUCCUUCCAUGAUCGUUUUAAUCGUCCUUGGGUGUAUCCUGCUACCAGUUUGCGGCGUAUGGGAUCUGCGUUACGCGAAAUAUCCCGUUGUUCCUCCGCGAUUUUUCAAGAACCGGAGCGUCAUCAUCGUGUCCCUCAUCGGAGCGCUUGACUUCUGCUCGUACUUCUUGACAUCAGUCUAUCUUUAUUCAUUCAUUAUCGUUGUUAAGCCGUGGUCACUCUUAUACGCCUCCUACUUUUCUCAAAUUCAAUCCAUCGCCCUCACUAUUUUCGCAAUCCUAGCCGGAGUAAUCAUGAAGUAUACCCAUCGUUAUAAAGCCCUUCUUGUAACCGGUCUAUGUAUUCGCCUUGUUGGCGUCGCUCUAAUGAUUCGCUCUCGUGGCGCAAACGGUUCCGACACAGAACUAGUUUGGACUCAAAUCCUUCAGGGAAUCGGAGGUGGCUUUGCUGCCUCUUGUUCACAAGUCGGCGCUCAGGCUAGUGUACCCCACGUCGAUCUCGCCAUGACCACUGCUGUUAUUUUGCUGGUGACGGAGAUCGGUGCUUCUAUCGGCGGUAGUGUCGCCGGAGCAAUAUGGACGAGCAAGAUGCCUAGCAAACUUGCACAGUACCUGCCUGAUCUUUCGGAGAAGGAACGUGCUGCCCUGUUCUCCUCAAUUACUGAUGUGACCAAAUAUGAACGGGGUACGCAUGUUCGUGAGGGCGUAAUUCUUGAGGAGGUCCUUGUUCGCACCAAAUGGCAAUCAAAAGUCGUGAGUUUUUGUGAUGGUAGUGUCCCAGUGACACAAAUGUGCAGUGCCUUUCGGGGGUUCCGGCACACUGGUUUGCAGCAUUUUGCAGUCUGAUGCAAAUGUGCUGUACUUUCGGGGUUUCCGGUGCACUGCAGUGCACUGCUCAGAGAGGCUCAGAGCUGUUCCCAUCCAUC